CAGCCCCGGAGCGCAGUCGCCAUGGCCAUCGCCCACCUGGCCACGGAAUACGUCUUCUCAGAUUUCCUGCUGAAGGAGCCCACGGAGCCCAAGUUCAAGGGGCUCCGCCUGGAGUUGGCGGUGGACAAGAUGGUCACCUGCAUCGCGGUGGGGCUGCCCCUGCUGCUCAUCUCGCUGGCCUUCGCGCAGGAGAUCUCCAUCGGUACCCAGAUAAGUUGUUUCUCUCCGAGUUCUUUCUCCUGGCGCCAGGCUGCCUUUGUGGAUUCUUAUUGUUGGGCUGCAGUUCAGCAGAAGGGCUCCCUGCCGAGCGGGUCUGGAAACCUGCCACUGUGGCUGCACAAGUUUUUCCCCUACAUCCUAUUAUUAUUUGCAAUCCUCCUGUACCUGCCUGCACUGUUCUGGCGCUUCACAGCUGCUCCUCACCUUUGCUCAGACUUGAAGUUUAUCAUGGAAGAACUUGACAAAGUUUACAACCGUGCAAUUAAGGCCGCCAAGAGUGCACGUGACCUGGACCUGAGAGAUGGUGCCUGCCCCGCUCCUGGUGUUAAGGAGACUCUAGGGCAAAGUUUGUGGGAAAUAUCCGAAAGUCACUUCAAGUACCCAAUUGUAGAGCAAUACUUGAAGACAAAGAAAAACUCUAAUAAUUUAAUCUUCAAGUACAUCAGCUGCCGGCUAGUGACACUGAUAAUCAUAUUGUCAGCAAGCGUCUACCUGAGCUAUUACUUCAGCCUGUCCUCGCUCUCAGAUGAGUUUGUAUGCAGCAUCAAGUCAGGAAUCCUGAGAAAUGACAGCGCCAUCCCUGAUCAGUUCCAGUGUAAACUUAUUGCAGUCGGCAUCUUCCAGCUGCUCAGCUUCAUUAACCUCAUGGUGUAUGUUCUUUUGGCUCCUGUGGUAAUCUACACGCUGUUGGUUCCCUUUCGGCAGAAGACAGAUAUUCUCAAAGUAUAUGAGAUCCUGCCCACAUUUGAUGUCCUGCAUUUCAAAUCUGAAGGGUACAAUGACUUGAGCCUCUACAAUCUCUUCUUGGAGGAAAAUAUCAGUGAACUCAAAUCAUACAAGUGCCUGAAGGUACUGGAGAAUAUUAAAAGCAAUGGUCAAGGGAUUGAUCCAAUGCUACUUCUUACCAAUCUUGGUAUGAUCAAGAUGGAUAUUGUGGAUGGCAAAAUGCCCAAGUCAGCAGAAACCAAGGAAGAGGAGCGGCAGAGCCAAAUUGCUGAGCUCACAGAUUUGAACCUGCACAAUGAAACUAAAGCAAAUAAUGAAGAAAAGAAUGCUCGCCAGAGACUUCUGAAUUCUUCCUGCUAAAGUUUUGUUUUGAAGAGGAAAUCUCUUCAAAUCUCUUGGCUAAGGCACCCCUGUUGGGGUCACAGCUGGUGCAGAAAGUGGCAUUUGGUAGAGAUAGUCUCUCAUGAACACAAUGGUCAACAAAUGUUAUAAAAGAAGCAACAUACAAUAUACAAGAAGCACCAUUAAACUAGCAAGCCAUAUGUAUGUGUGUCCUCAUCGAUGAGCCGUGGAAGAACUAGGAAGAAUGGCAAAGGGCCUUUUAGAGCUUUGAAGAGACAACUUUCUCUGCCAACAGUACAAGACAUAGAGCUACUUGAAAUAAGCAAAAGAUUUGUUUUCCUUUAUGAAAUAAUAAUAAACAUAUCAAAACUAGACACCAGUGCCUCAUGUCCUGUAAUCCUAGCUAUUCAAGAGGCUGAGAUCUGAGAAUCAUGGUUCGAAGAUUGCCCAGGAAGGAAAGUCCAUGAGACUCUUAUUUCCAAUUACCUAGCAAAAUGCUGGACGUGGAGCUGUGAUAAAGCUAAUGGACAGCCUGUAGACCCUAAGUUCACUUCCCAGUAUUGGCACAUAUACAAAUAAUAAUGAUAGUAAUAAACAUACCAGAAUAUAAUUUAAUAGUAAAUUUAUGUGUACCCUUGCUCAACAUUGGACAAGAAAAGAAUUCUCUGGCUAACUGCAGGCCCAGAGGUCAACUUGUGCUUGGCAGGGCCCUGUGUUGGCAGCAGCCUGGUGCUCUGGCCCUGCCACACCUGAAGUUCCUUUACCAUUACUUGCCAGAUGCUGCUAAUUAUACCUUGUAUCUGCUGAUGGUUGCCCUCUUCUCUGCAGGGCAGCAGCCCAGCACUGCUCUGAGUGAAAUCACACUUAAUGAGACAGAGUUGAAAGGAUGUUCAGUUCAUACCAUACUCAGUUCAAGAAAGAAGCCCCAAAACAUUGCCAAGUGGAGAAAUCUGAAUUUAUAGAUGAUAACUCAGUCACUUCCAAAGAGAUCGACAGGGUGUUACGAAAGCAUUUGAAACAGGAUUUUACUUAAACACAUGAACAACACAGGAAUAUUUACAGAAGCCUAAUAUGACCAGGCACAUCAAUGACAUUUGUUGUCUGGUUGGAGCCAAGAACAGCUUAACAGUUGAUUUGGUUUCUAUUUAAGCAUAGUCUUUAAAAAUGCAUUCUAAGCCAUGUGCUGAUGGUUCAUGCUUAUAAUCCUAGCUAUUGAAGAGGCUGAGAUCUGAGGAUUGUGGUUCAAAGCCAGCCUAGGCAUGUCUGUGAGAUUCCUAUCUCCAAUCACCAAAAAGCGGUAAGUGGAGUCAUAGUUCAAGUGUUAGUGCACUAGCCUCCUUGAGCAAAAACACUCAAGGACAAUGCCCAGGCUCUGAAUUCAAGCCGCAUGACCAGCACCCCCCAAAAAAUUUUUUUUAAUGUAUACAAUGUUAGGAUUUAGGUGAUUAAGAAGAACUUGCUAGCAUUGAUGAAGAAUUCAAGAGUAAUAUUACAAAUGGAUGUCCAAGUCUAGUAUAAGCAUUAUUUCAUAAACAUUUAAGGCUGAUUCAGAAUAUGUUAAAAACUCUAUAGUCUGGUCAUGGAAAUCUAUUAGAUGUUCACAUUUUAUAAAUAAAGACUGUAUUGUCUGUGUA